CAGAACCAUUGGUCGGACCACGGCCGACCGGUACGAUACAGUUGAACUGUGGUCAUCCAGCAGGAUAGAAGGACACAUUUGAAAACGCGUUCGAUCAUUAGUAGUCGAUCAUUUGUUAUUCUUUCGUUUACCGCUUUCUUUCCAAGAGCGGAUGUGACAACAUUAACGUUUCGAAGUUACCAUGAACUUAAAAGAAUCGAAUUAUCAGAAUUCUCUGACAGAUAACUCAGAAACAGAGAUGCAAAAAUCAACAUAACGCAGUUUUGCUCAAAUUGACGAAUAACGUGAUCAACGAAGAUCCAAUCGUUCAAAUACUGAAACAAGUACGCAAGUGUACGACGAAUUAAUAAUAUUUCUAGCAAUGUUACGAGCAUCCUGACAGAGGAUCGUUAUUUUAAUUGCUCAAAGACUCGUUGAGAAUUUUAAGAGUUUGUCUGUCAGAAAAAGACGUCAAGAAGAUCGAUUGCUAGAAGAGAAGAAAAUUUUCGUUAAUUUUGACAAUCGACUCCAAAGAUCUGUCUAAAUCGCCGAUUAUGUGAAACCGGUGAAUCUCGUACAAAUUGUCUUACAAACGCUGAAAUCAUCGUAAAUCUUUUUCUGUGAACAUUUAUGAAAUAAACAUGCGGAGCACAAUGUAUCCGCCGCUUGUAACUUUGCUCAUAUUUUCCGCAAUUUGCGUACACGCCGAAGAAAUAUCUACCAGUAUUCCGGACGAUGCUGCAGAGGAGCCAGUUCUACGAGUACGAAGCUUGCCAACGACGAUUAAUGUGGUUGAGAAAAACUGGACUAGUCUGUCGGAGAUGCUGGAUGUUUUUAGUGCGCGUAAUUUAGUAAGAAAUUGGAUCGAAGGGAAAUAUCCCGUUGGGGUACAAUGCGGCAAAGACAUUACAACAUACGUCAAUGCUCUGAAAAAUGAAGAAUUAUGGGCUCUCAAAGUUGAUGAUGCAUCCGGUAGAUUCACAAAUGGAUUUUUCUGGGGUAAUUCUUAUUUUACGGGAUCAGCAACUGAAUGCGACUAUAUUGGAAAAACUUCAUCAUACCAAACGUAUUCAAAAAAAUAUGUAGAAGAUUCCAAAGUUAGUACAUUUGAGGAAGUUCGCGAAUUUAAUAUGGAGCCACGAAAAAGAAUCAAUACAGGUUUUAGUGGAACCAAUACCUGGAUCGAAACAGAUUCCAUCGAAACGCCUUUUCAACUAGGAUUUUAUAUGCUGAAACUUUCUAUAAAUGUAUCUUAUACGCCAACAAGACUGAUUCACUUGGGAGUCUGCCUGCCGUUUUCAUGCACUGCUUCCGAUGUCGCCAUAAUCGGAAAACUUGCCACAAGUGAAUUUACAGCGAAGCAUCUGACAAUUGAAAAAGUCAGAGACCAACACAAUUUAUACGACAUGUACACAGAUCCAGUUUUUUGGAUUUUAUCCGGUGUUAGCGCGAUGGUCCUGAUACUGAUGAUUCUCGGCACAGGAUACGAUUAUCAUCUAUCGAAAAAAUUAGUCUGCAAGAAAAAUGUAAUCUAUGAUUUGGAGAAACAUGGAAAACUCGAGCAGCUCUCUAAUGGUGAUCGGAAAAUUAUAAAUGAUGUUCAAGGUAAGGUCUACCUUCCUGUUCCAGUGGCAGAUUCUAGUAGCAAUGGUACGCAGUCGAUUAAUAAUAACAACAGUCACGAGAAUGGUUUACAAUCAUCUACCAAAGAAGAGCAACAUCUUAGUAUCUUUGAGGAACUUCUACUUUCUUUUUCCGUUCCCGCUAAUGUGAAGAUCAUCUGCGACCGUAAUGUAGGCGGAGACACAAUUAGCACCGUGCAUGGGCUCAGAGCGAUCUCGAUGGCCUGGGUCAUCCUUGGACAUACGUGCAUUAUUGUUUUCAAAUAUUCGGACAACAUGGAAUAUCGCAAAGUAGUGGAGAAGCGAUUGCUCUUCCAGACCAUCACAAACGGGGCUUUCAGCGUCGAUACAUUUUUCUUUAUGGGCGGUUUGCUCGUGAGCUUUUUAUAUUUCAGAACCAACGCGAAGGGAGAUCUAAAGAGACUCACGCAGGGCACACGAGGCUUUGCCGCAGGUACACUGAAAUUCAUUGGGCUUCUUGUGUAUCGCUUUUGUAGACUUACUACACCGUACAUGUUCGUGCUGGGUGUAGUAGAGGUCUCGAUGAAAUAUUUCUACACGAAUUCCGUUUUCGAGCCUCCCACGGCCGAUCAUUAUAACUGCCCCAAUUAUUGGUGGAGGAAUAUGCUCUAUAUCAAUACUUGGUUUCCAGUCGAACAAAUGUGUAUGCUUUGGAGCUGGUAUUUAGCGGACGAUACGCAGUUCUACAUUGUGGGAGGGGUGAUUUUGAUAUUGGCUACGAAUCACUUUAAAAUCGCAGCUUUCGCGUUAGUCAGUCUACUAAUAAGCUCAUGGGUAACUACGGGCUACAUUGCUUUAGUUAAUAAUCACAUGCCGAGCUUGGACGAUCCGUUGGCCCUCUUCGAUAAGAUCUACGACAAGCCGUGGACAAGAUUGGGUCCUUAUCUGAUCGGCAUGACUGUCGGCUACUUUCUCUUCAAGACUGAUUGCAAAUUGAAAAUGUCUAAGACUACCGUCGUCGUGGGAUGGCUUUUGUCUUUCGCAUGUCUUUUGAGUUUGCUUUAUGGUCUAUACGAGGCAGAACUUACACCUGUUACUGCUGCUGCAUAUUCAUCUUUGAGUCACAGCGCGUGGGCGUUAAGUCUAGCCUGGAUCGUAAUAGCAUGUAGUACUGGCUACGGUGGAUACGUAAAUAAGAUUUUAUCGUGGCCGCUCUUGUACCCGUUCAGUAGAGUGACUUACUGCUCUUAUCUAGUUCAUCCGCUUGUGAUUCGUCUAACCGCGAUGAACCUAGACUCUCCGUUUCAUCUAGGAAAGGAUAUAAUGAUGAUAAUGUUUUUGGGGCAGUUAGUGCUAUCAUACGCAUUGUCGUUUGUAAUCUCAAUUGCCUUUGAAGCACCGGUGGUCAGUAUGCUGAAGAUUGUCUCACCGAAAAAGCGAAAACGUAUACAAUAGAAAUUAAAAUAUAUUUAACGCACGUCAUACACCCGUACAAUUAUUUAUAUGAUUAUCUUAUUUACACAUUAUGUAUAAAUAUUCUAAAAAUCUGUGAAGAACAAUGGUAAAAUAUCGUGAACACGUUAUUCCAUAUGUAUUUUAAUACCAUUUAUUUGAAUUCUUUCGAAUAUGUAAUAAUGUAGACUCCUCUGUGUAUUGUUAGAUGUAAAAUAAAUUAUUUCCCUUUGUAUAUAAAAUACUA